AUGAUGGGCAGUGACCUUUCCAUUAUGACGAGGAGAUGUCUUCUCACUUACAAACCAUUCAGGAUUUUUGUGUUAGGGAUUGGUUUCUUCAGUAUAUGCUUUCUAAUGACCUCUCUUGGGGGCCAAUUCUCAGCCAAGCGACCCUCAGAUUUCCCUUUCACAACGCGAGCAGAAGUUCUCGGUGGUCAAGAAUCUCGCGCCCUCAGAAAAAUCAGUAAUAUGCUGGAAGUCAUCAUGAAGCGGAUGGACGCGCUGUCUAGACUUGGUAACACCAGUGAAACGCACAAGUUGGAUGAGCUUGCCUCCGUCCUUGACAGAAUUCAGCCAAUAGGUCUGGUGGAGCGGAUCCAGGCCAUUGCCCAGAACAUGUCAGACAUGGCUGGGAGGGUGGAGCAGAUUCUACAGCGCAGUACUGCAAGUAAAAGAGUUAGGCAAGGAACAUUCGGACAGUGUGACAUUCCUAAAGACCCUCAUUAUCCAGACUGCCCCGGCAAGAUGGAUUGGAUGCGUGCCCGUUGGAACUCUGACCCGUGCUAUGCUUUUUAUGGAGUCGACGGUUCAGACUGCUCCUUUCUCAUCUACCUAAGUGAGGUGGAGUGGUUCUGCCCCCCACUCACCUGGAGGAACCAGACUGUUACACCCACUUUGAAGCCUCCACCCAGAAAACAAGCUGUUUUCCGGUUUGACACAGGUGCUCUGCUGGAGCUAGUGGGCACCGGGAAAGAGUCGCUUAACUUCAUGAAAAGACGCAUACGUAGGCUGGCAGCACAGUGGGCUUCUGCUGCUCGACGACUGGAUGACAAACUGCGCAGUCACUGGAGGGACGAGAAGCGGAUUCUUGUCCACGUGGGAUUUCUGACAGAAGAGUCCGGUGAUGUGUUCAGUCCAAAGGUGCUGAAAGGGGGUCCGCUGGGUGAGAUGGUCCAGUGGGCUGACAUCCUCACUACUCUUUAUAUUCUUGGACACAACCUGAAGAUCUCUGUUUCUGUCAAGGAGCUGCAUGGGUUUUUGGGAGUCCCACCAGGAAGAGGCAGCUGCCCUCUGACCGGCCCUCUGCCCUUUGACCUCAUCUACACAGACUACCAUGGCCUUCAACAGAUGAAGCAGCACUUGGGGCUGUCACUGAAGAAGCACAAGUGCCACAUCCGUGUGAUUGACACUUUUGGCACAGAGCCAGCCUACAACCACGAGGAGUAUGCCACUCUGCAUGGCUACAGAACCAACUGGGGCUACUGGAACUUGAACAGCCAGCAGUACAUGACCAUGUUCCCUCACACCCCAGACAACUCUUUUAUGGGCUUUGUAGCAGAGGAGCUGAAUGACACCGCGAGACUGAACAUCCAAAAGAACAAAUUGAACAACAUGGCAGUUGUCUAUGGUAAAGAGGCCAGCAUGUGGAAGCUUCAUGGCAAGGAAACAUUCCUGUCCAUCCUGCAUCGCCACAUGGAGAUCCAUGGGACUGUGUACUAUGAAGCACAGCGUCCCCCAGAGGUGCCCGCCUUUGUGAAGAAUCAUGGCCUUCUGCGUCAGCAGGAACUCCAGCAACUCCUCAGGAAGGCCAAGCUCUUCAUUGGAUUUGGCUUCCCGUAUGAAGGGCCAGCCCCUUUGGAAGCCAUCGCCAAUGGCUGUAUCUUCCUGCAGCCCAAGUUUAGCCCUCCUCAUAGUUCUCUCAAUCAUGAUUUCUUCAGAGGAAAGCCCACCUCCAGGGAAGUGUCCUCUCAGCAUCCCUACGCUGAGCAGUACAUCGGCAGGCCACACGUCUUUACGGUUGAUUUUAAUAACUCAGAAGAGUUUGAUGCAGCCAUCCGUGAAAUCAUGAAGCUCAAUGUGGAGCCUUUUUUGCCAUAUGAGUACACGUGUGAGGGCAUGCUGGAGAGAGUCCAUGCCUAUCUUCAAAACCAGGACUUUUGUUCUCCUGAAGCUCCAUUUCCUCCAGUAAACUCUUCAAAGAUCUGGCAGGGCAGCCCUCUCGCUCCUUUCAUGCUGCUGCCCAACUCGAGCAUCCUAACUUGGGCCUCUAACAUCACCUCCUACACGUCCUGGCCCCCCCUCAGCGCCCUGCAGCUCUUGGUUUCGCUGCAGGGCGAGUCAUGUGUGAAGGCCUGCCAAGACGUGGGGUUGAUCUGCGAGCCUGCCUUGUAUCGUUUCAUCAACAUUAAGGAAGCCUUCAAUGCGCUAGACUUCCAAUGUGCGGGGCUGGAGUCAGAGAUGAAUCAUCUCUUUCCCGCCUUCUCAGCAGAACAUGCAGAAUGUGGCCUGCAGCAGGACCCUCUGCUCUUCAGCUGUGCAGGUGCUAGCAUCAAAUACCAGCGCCUCUGCCCCUGUCGAGACUAUCGAGAUGGCCAGGUGGCCCUGUGCAGCGACUGCUUGUGA